GAUUUAAAUAUUUAAAAUUUUUUAAAUCAGAUUUCCAUACUGAAAUUGCUGAUUUACUUAAAGAAAGACCAACUCUGAAAGAUGUUGUUACUGUUGUACUUCAAAAUCCUGAUCGUGAAAAAGAAAUUUUAACUGAAGCAAAAGUAAAAGCUAUUAGAUUUGAUGCUGCUAAAAUGUUUGAUUUUGAGAAUGAAUAUGAUAAUCAAGAUG